AUGCCUGUUUCUAGCAGGAGCUCGCUUGUGCCUGAUGGAGUUUUUGCAGGCUGGAUUUGAUUUCAGUCCUGUUGGUGGGUCUGAUGUUGGCUCUGCGCUGCACCGGAGUCUUUCUGUGAGCAUUACGUGGAAUUCUGUGAAUUGAGAGAGACUCGAAAGGAGGAUACAGCCACUUCUUACUUACCCAGGGGAGCUGCUUCUGUCAGCAGUCACUGCAAGUGGGUUUUUUUUUUUCUGUAGCUACUUUGUGGCGUAAUUACUUUAUUACUUUAAACUUUAUUUAGAGGCAUCACUAUGCGUUCUCUGUGGUAAAUCAUUUUAAAAUGCUCUGUAGAAACACGUUCAGGACUGCUGGCAGUUUCUUUCCUCCUUGUGCUGAAGUCACUUUAAAUCCAUCACCCCAGCCUGUAGAGUCGUCAGGCAGAAAUCUUCCUGUGAAGGUGGAUGAGUUGUUCCUGCAUCACUUUUGCUUGGGCAUACUGAGGACAGCCAUGUAAUCAGGUGUAGUAAUGAAACCUGUUGGAAUUCUGGAGGAGCCCCCAGUCCCUUUGAUCCUGCUGCCGAGCAAUGAUUCAAGUGCUACAGAUUGUAAAGGAUCUGGUGUCGCCAGCAAGACGGAGAACAGAUGCUGCUAGGAAAGGUGCAGAUGCUGAGCAGGAUGCUGCUAUCAAACUUGCCCAAGAACGAGCAGAGAUAGUUGCCAAGUAUGACAGAGGACGUGAGGGGGCACAGAUUGAACCUUGGGAAGAUGCCGACUACCGUCUGUACAAAGUCACAGAUAGAUUUGGGUUUCUACAUCCAGAGGAGCUUCCUGUCCACGAUGCAGUGAUAGAAAAGCAAAAGCACCUUGAAAUUGAAAGAACAACAAAAUGGCUCAAGAUGCUGAAAAGCUGGGAAAAAUACAAGAAUAGUGAAAAGUUUCAUAGGAGAAUUUAUAAAGGGAUCCCACUGCAGUUCAGAGGACAAGUCUGGUCUUUACUACUUGAUGUCCCUAAAAUGAAAGAAGAAAUGAAAGACCUGUACAAUAAAUUGAAGUGGCAAGCACGAGGGUCUUCGUCUUUCAUCAGGCAGAUUGACCUGGAUGUGAAUCGGACGUACCGGGAUCACAUCAUGUUUCGGGACAGAUACGGAGUGAAGCAACAAUCUUUGUUCCAUGUUUUAGCUGCAUAUUCCAUGUAUAAUACGGAGGUUGGAUACUGUCAGGGGAUGAGCCAGAUCACAGCUUUACUCCUCAUGUACAUGAAUGAAGAAGAUGCCUUCUGGGCCUUGGUGAAGCUCCUCUCUGGCCCAAAGCACGCUAUGCACGGUUUUUUUAUUGAAGGUUUUCCAAAACUGUUGAGGUUUCAAGAACAUCAUGACAAAAUACUGAAGAAAUUUUUGUCCAAGCUUAAGCAGCACUUGGACUCCCAGGAUAUGCCCACCAGCCUUUACACAACCAAGUGGUUUUUCCAGUGUUUUCUUGAUCGUACUCCCUUUACAUUAAGCCUCAGGAUAUGGGAUAUCUACAUACUUGAAGGAGAGCGGAUUCUCACUGCUAUGUCUUACACAAUUCUGAAACUACACAGAAAGCUCCUGAUUAAGAGAGAUGAUGUGUGUUGUACAGAUCUGCAGAAGCAUCUGAUGAAAUUACAAAUGGAAGAGCUUGUAAAAUUUCUGCAGGAGACUUUAGCCAAGGAUUUCUUCUAUGAAGAUGACUUUGUAAUAGAGCAGCUCCAAAAUUCUGUAGCGGAAUUGAAACGAGCAAAGCUGGAUUUACCAGCAGCAGGUAAAGAAGAUGAACUUCCAAAGAAGCCAUUGGGGCAGAUUCCAUCAGAACCUCAGCCUUCUGUGCUUAACUCCACUCCAAUGCUUAAUGGACAGAAUAGCACUGGUACACAAGCAGCCAGAAGGACAGAGAGGAGACCAUCCAUAGAAGAAGAACCAGGAAGUUCAUCAAAUGACCGAAAAAGAAUUAAUUCAGUGGAAAAGAAACCUUCCUUAAAACAGCAGAAGAUUCAACCAAUAGAGACACAAAACAGUUUGCCUAAGAACGAGGUGGAUACCAGAAAAAAGCCUCAGCCAGCAGAGCCAGACACCUCGAGUCUGUACAAUAAUGCAGCUGCUAAUCAAAAUUCUAAUGCUACUUCAAAUACAAGAAGGGAAUUUGUACCUAAGUGGAAUAAACCAUCUGAUAUCAAAAUAAUUGAAAAGACAAUGCAACUUACUGCAGAUGUGAAAGGGAGGCCCGUAAACCAUUUGGUUUCAGGCCCACCACCAAGUCCUGGAGAAAUGCAGGCUUUGAAUGUAAAGCAAAAGAUGAGGGUUUUGGAUGCUGAUGAAGGUAAGCGAGGGUCUAAUGCAUCUCAGUAUGACAAUGUUUCAGAAGAUGAAACUGAGAAUGAGAAUGUUGUUGAAGAGAUGCUUGAGAGAGCUCUUCCACAGAGCCCUAGGCAUGUGGCAUAUUCCAAUAGUCCAAGAAGGCAAACAGAAAAAGUACCGGCUCCGUUAAAAAUACCCAAUAAUUACACCUUCGCUUCACAACCCAGGUCUCCAAAGUAUGCAUCUCAGUCUGAUGGCCUACCUCAUGGACUGAAUGCAAAACAGCCACUGCCAUGUUAUAGUAAUCCACCUACUUACCAUGGGAAUUCUCCAAAGCAUGUUUCCAGUAUAGGCAAUGCAAGUUCUGUCCCUCUGCAUUACCACGGGAGUCGAACCAGCCCCUCUGGGAGGCCAUACGGGCCUUUUAUGUCAGUAGAUUAUUCCCCCAAUAAACUACCAAUGAAUUCCUAUCCUGCCAGUCGACAAAAUCCUCUUCCACCAGCCCCUGGUCACGUAGAAGUAGCCCCUGUUGAUGCUUAUACCAGCAACUCGAGGUCCUCCCCGGGUGUCAGAUUCAUAAUCCCUCCAGCGGAUUAUGUGCCAGAGGAUAGGAAGUGGCCGGAUGCUGCCUAUGCCUACAGACAUGAGCCCUACAGGCAGCCCUGGAGCCAAGACCUUAACAAAGGCCACCUGGAUAAUUUCCAGAAAUACCAGCAUUUUCAGCCAACACCUUUUCAAGACCACAGUCUUCCUGCUGUUUCUGUGGAUAGCCCGGUAAGAUACAGGACUUCACCAAGCUUUGAAGAGAACGGCUCGGCGCAGUACCAAUAUUCCAGCCCGCCGGCUCCAGCCCAGCACUAUCGGAACAGAUCCGAUGGAUUGUCUGUGCACAAAUCUGUGCUCCUCUGAGGAGCUGGCUGUGCUCAGUAAAGUGGCAAGAACCAAACCCAGUUGAAUGUCACUGUGUCAGUGGUGGUCCAGCUCAGUUCUUCUCUGAAACGCGGACGGUUCACCUGAGUUUAGAAACAACCACACAAUUUCAGAGAUGUUUCAAACUUCGGCUGAAGGCUGGUGGAGUUCUUGGGCUUGGAUGGGAGCUGUUGGAAGUGAUCUGAUGCACACAGACAUAGCAAUAAGCUCAUACACACCAUGUGGUUUAUGCUGUCAUCGCUCCUUACUUUUAAAUAACUUGUGUUACAAUCCUGCCUAAAACCAGUAAAACAUUACAAGUUUAAUUUUGACUGACAUUGUUAAUGCACUGUACAGAUGUGUGUGUGCGUGUGAGAGUGUGCACUUACAAUACACAAACUCAUAUGGAAAAGAGCUAAAGAGUUUAAAUGUAAAUGCAUUUAACUUUGGGCAAAGCUUGUGAAGUACUUUUAUUUCAUAUUAAUUUUUCUUUGUAAUUUAUUUGAGAAGCCAUUCAUUUUGAAUGGGAAUUUCUGUCAUUUUUAUACAACUGCCUCAGCAUCCCAGUAUCUGUUCUGGGCAGGAGAGAUGCUUUGGGAUUAUUAAUUUAAUCUUAUAUGAGAGUUAAUUUCCUCUCCUUUGACUACUGUUUGUUAUUUUCCUCAGCAGGAAGGAGCAGGCAGGCAAAAGCAGAAAGCCAAAAAUGUGUCUCUAAUCUGGCUAAGUAAUGGUGCUUAAAAUUCAGGGCAGUGUUUAGGGGUUUUUUUUAGGGGCAUAGAAAGCAGAGAAGUUUUACCUUCUCACCCAAGUCUACCUUCAGAAUGUCGUCCUAUAUGCAAAAAUACUGGAGCAGAGUGAGAGUAAUGCCUGAUGCAGAAAUGGUGCUGCACCCUUCCCUUUUUGCCAUGCUGUGCUGUCAGACUAAAACUGGUUGCAGGGCCAAAUCUCACAAGUGUCAGAGAAUGACCAGCUCCUUGACACUCCUGUGAAGCGCACGCAGGAGUCCGAGCUUUGCUCAAGGCUUGAUAUUCCCAGAGCUGUGUGAGCAUGCAGUGUCCCUUCUCUUGAGCUUUGUUGAGUCAGUUCUGUUCUGUUUUGCCCUUUUUUACCCCAAAGAGCCAGCAGGGUUGUGCCUGGUGGAGCAUGUGCUGUUGGGCUGCUCACACUGUGCGGUGUUUUACACUAAGAUGAUCCCGACUGUUGUUAACAGGAACCUUAAACUCCUGGGGACAUAAGUAAUUUUAACCAGUGUUUGCAGCCUUUUCUACUUCGUGUUUUCCUUGCCUUGACUGUGAAUUGGGGGUGAUGAGAAGCAGGUGAAGUGGCACAUUUGGGAUGCUCCUCCUGGGAGCUGCUGGUGCCGUGUAGCAGGUGCUGGAUGCACCGACCCCUUCCUGGGAGCUGAGGCACAGGAGGGUCUUGCCAGAAGAGGUCCUUGGAGUGCUGAACAGAGAUAUUUUUUUCUAAUACUGAAGUACUAAACAUUGGCAUCAACACCAGUUUAGUAUGGUUUGGAAGGUUGUCCUGUUGUCUUUUGUUCUGUAAGGUUUGUUUAACUGAAAACAUAGAAAUGGAUUAUUUUUUUUUUCCUUUAAAAAAUGAGCUUUAGUGCCUAUUAUUGCUGCAGGUUGGCUCGGUAAGUUUUAAGGUACAGAAGUAAAACAAUUUUUACGAAUGGAAGUAACAUUUACUUAGUAUGUUUCAAAACAUUUUUUUUGUGUGUAUAUAACGUGUCUGAUGUAAUUUUUAAUAACUGGGCAAUUUUAUAUUUUAAAAAUUGCAAACUGCAGCGAAGUAACAGUUAGCAAAGCACUACACUGAAACUAAAAUAAAAUUGUGAAGAUAAAUAUGACUUGGGCUUACUUUAGUUCUGAUUGCUUGCAGCAGCUUAGAAAUGUAUGUAUAUAAUAUUGUGGCUAAGUGUAAUAAUCUCAGUGUUUAAUGAUGGUUCUGUAAUUGAUAACAAAGCUGUACAAUUCAUUUGUGCAAGCAACGCAAGGCUCCAAAAUAUGUAUCAGCAUUAGUAAAUACUGUAGAUUUUUAUAUAUAAAAUAUAUACACACUAUUUUCUUAUGUCAUCUGCAACAGUUUUAUAACUGUGUAUCCUAUUUUGAUGUGACUGUAUUUUUAACAUGUUAAAAUAAUAAUAAUUAAGCUUA